AUGCCCGCUCAUGUUUCGUUGCGUGCUCGACUAAUCGACCUGAUGGAAAUGGAAGAGUGCAUUUGGUACAAGGGCGCGCCUGAUUACGGCAGAAGGGAUCGAGUUGAAAGCGCAUGGGAGCGCAUUCAGCAGGAUUUGGAAUGUCUAGGCCACAGAACUAACGUGGCGGAGCUCAAGAAUAUGUGGAAAAACUUGAAAGACACGUAUCGAAGGAAAAACAAUCCAACUACGGGAUCUGCUUCGGGGCCGCAAUGGACGUACUUGCAGGCCAUGCGAUUUCUUGAAAGGAAUCAGCACGACGGAUUUGAUGGCCACCACGCAGGAAAAUCAGCCUGGUCAGCCAAGAGCCGUCAGUCUCAACCAAAGGUGCAAGCAACCAUCGAAAGAGUCGACGAACAUCUGCAGCGUUCGCGCCAUCAACAGCAUCCUACAGUAGACUCGUUUCAAGGGUUCGGAGAUUUCGUCGCGCAACAUCUGCGGGAGAGAUUCGACGCAUAUACGGCAGAUGUGAAAAUGAGGCAAAUGUUGGAAGUGCUGUUUAGCUAUACCUACUGCAGCCAAGGAAACGAGGGAGUGGUUCACGAGGAGUAUGUUGGAGAAUAUCCUCAAACAGAUUGA